CAGCCUUUAUUAAUAACUAGCACCGCCUUCUUUAAUAAAAUUUGGGCAACAUGGUCGUUGAGUGGAUUUUGGGUGAUUUGAAAAAACUUAACAAAAGACAGCUAUACUAUCAGUUCCUUAGUCUUGGAAUGAUAGUGUCCUCAGCUCUCAUGAUAUGGAAAGGACUGAUGGUUGUCACUGGUAGCGAGAGCCCUAUUGUAGUCGUAUUGAGUGGUAGCAUGGAGCCGGCAUUUUUUAGAGGUGACCUUCUUUUUUUAACAAAUUAUGAAGAGGAUCCAAUAAGGUCUGGGGAGAUUGUUGUAUUCAAAGUAAAGGACAGAGACAUACCAAUAGUACACAGGGUACUAACAGUGCAUGAGGAUCAUAAUGGUGAGGUAUAUCUCCUAACUAAAGGUGACAAUAAUCAGGUUGAUGACAGAGGAUUAUAUGCUCCUGGACAGCUUUGGGUUAAAAGGGAUGAAGUAGUGGGACGUGCUAGAGGGUUCCUGCCAUACAUUGGAAUGGUCACAAUAAUCAUGAAUGAUUACCCAAAACUGAAAUAUCUUCUCUUAGGUGGUUUAGCAGUUUUUGUAAUACUGCACAGAGAGCAGUGAUCAGUAUACAUUAACUGAUUCCAUUGAUCAUUACAAUUAUAAUCAUUAUUUUGUUCAAUAAAUUAGUAAUAUACUCUAAUUGGAA